UUGAAUCUGGCCCAGUGAUUGGACUACUCGUUUUGGCACGGAGACUGAAGAGAAAGUAUCACCCAAGAGAAAUGUCACAGGUGAACCUGAAGCAGUUCGCAAAGAAUGGCCGGAAGAUCAUCGGUGCCGUGCUGAACUACAAAGACUGUAUCACUGACAACGCGCCAGAGGCACCGAUUCUCUUCCUGAAGGCGAUCUCGUCGUACGUUGAGGAGGGCAAGCCCAUCCGUCUGCCUAGGGUGUUCACCAAGGUUUACCAUGAGGUGGAAUUGGGAGUAGUGAUCGGUCAGACAUGCAAGAACGUGGCGAUAGAGGAUGCUGGAAAGUAUGUCGGUGGAUAUUGUCUCGCUCUGGACCUCACGGGAAUGUGCUUCAUUGGGCAGGCUCGUGAGAAGUCUCUGCCCUGGGAUUUAGGGAAGGGAUUCGACACGGCAACUCCAGUAAGUCGCUUCAUAACGACUGAAGAACUUCCCAACCCCAAUGAUGUCAAACUCUGGUUGAAAAUCAACGGAGAAACGCGUCAAGAUCAAUCUUCGGAGAAAAUGUACUUCAAGAUCCCAGAACUCAUCUCCUAUGCCUCCAAAUUCAUGACACUGGAGCCCAAUGAUGUGAUCCUGACCGGAACUCCCGCAGGAGCGUCAACAAUCAAGCAUGGAGAUGAGAUUGAGUUUGGCGUUGGUGACAUUUUGCAGUGCAAAUUUUCCGUUCAGGAUGAUUAA